AUGCCUCCCCCGUGUACCAUCGAAACAUGCAAACGUAAAUCGCGAGCAUUAUGUCAUUGUUGCAGCAAGAAUCUUUGUCUUGAUCAUUUGAAAGAACAUGAUGAUUCAAUCAAUUCUCAAAUAAAUACUCUUGCUGAUGAAAUUAAUACUUUUGAAAAUCAAUUGUCAACAUUAAAUGUUGAUGAAGUUAUUAGCAAAUGUCGUCAAAAAUUGGAUAAAUGGCGUCAUGAUUGUUAUAUUAUAAUCGAUCGUUUUUAUGAAGAAAAAUGUCAAGAACUACAACAACGUUGUGUUCAACAAGCAGAUCAAAAACGAAAAAAAAUUCAUCAAUUUAAAUUAAAAACAAAUGAACUUAUUCGAGAACAAGAAGCUACACAUGACGAUAUUUCUUCAUUGAAAGCAACUAUUGAUGGUAUCAAGCAUGACGUUAACCAAUAUGAAGAAAACGGCAUUUUAGUUGAUGUUCAUCCUUUAAUUAUUAACCAAAAUUUAGUUUAUAUUGAAGAAUUGACAUCAGAUGAACUUGAUAUAUCAACCCUUUCGUCUCCUUACCGAACAAUCGAUUGUUUCAAUGAUAAUUGGCCUGUAUUAGCUAGCAACAAUCAGUUUUUACUAUUAGAUCAAUAUCCAAAUUUAUGUUUAUUUAAUAAGGAAUUGACUCUUCUAAAACAAUCUCCAUGGAAAUAUGAUCGCAUUCCUGAUAUGUGUUGA